UCCAGAAAGGAACAGGUAAGUCAUUGUUCCUUCUUUCACAGUCCUUGUGACCUGGAAUGUGCUGAAGUAACCUGUUUAAGAUGGAGACAUCUGGAAAUCUACCAGAGGUCAAAGUUUUUCCCCCCACAAAUAAGUCAGAAAAUUCACACACAGAGAGCCAGAAGAUAGAGGAGCGUCUCCCGCCUUUUAUGAAUCUCCAUCAUGGACCUCGUCCUGCAGAGACCAGGGAAGGUGACACCAGAGGAGAGUGCUGCUGUUGUGUCUGUGGGCCUAACCGGUGUGGAACAACAGAGCCUGCAAACAGAGACACAACUAGGGGUGAAACCGCUUCUCAGCUUCAGAGUGAUGAGGAGGAUCUUGAGCCUCCCUUGCCACUAAGAUCUGAUGAUCAGUGUCCAAACUACAGACCCCCUCCACCUCCUCACCACUACAUGCACAACUACGACUUGUAUCAUACGAUGGAUGUCAGGUAUUAUCACUCUGCAGGACAAGGGCAGUGCAACCUCAAUCCCAUCAACACACUCCCUCCUCAGUCAUGUCACGCUGCUCCCUGUCAGUACAGAGGACCCUGGGAUGACUCCCAAAACUGGCUCCGGUUCCAAGGUAACUUUAUGAAUGACAGCGUGGCUCAGGGAAGUGUUUCAGUUAACGUGCCUCAGUUCUCCGUGCCCCCUGUGGAGGCCGUGUUGCAGGUCAGUGUGAUGAACCUGAGCUCGGCAAGAGCAGAGGGGUUGGUCUCACAUCCACACGAGAAAAGAAGAACCAUCAGUCUGCCUGAAGAGUGCCGAAACGUUUUUAUAACUCAUUCUUCAGACAUUUCUUCAGAGAUAGUUCCCUUUGUAGACUUUCUCACAAAGCACGGUUUUCGACCAGCUAUUGACAUAUUUGAUAACCCCAUGAGAAACAUGGAUGUCAACAAGUGGAAGGACAGUUACCUGAAACAUCAGUCAGCCCUGAUUGUCAUCGCCAUUAGUCCAAAGUACAAGAUGGACAUUGAAGGAUGUGUAGUGGAUAGCCAUGAUCUACACACUAAAUACAUUCACUCCAUGAUGCAGAAUGAAUUCAUCCAGCAAGGCAGCUUGAAUUUUAGAUUCAUACCUCUUCUCUUCUUAAACGCAUCCCAGAAACACGUCCCAAGUUGGCUUCAGAACACGAGAGUUUACCGCUGGCCGCAGGACGCUGAGGAUGUGUUACUGCGGCUACUCAGGGAGGAGAGAUACGUUCCUCCUCCUGUUCCUCCGGAGCUCACCCUCAUCAUCAGGCCUGUGGCCCCCAGUGCUGCACCUACACUGUAAAGACACACGGCGUUUAUGCAUGUGUUUAAACAUUUGUUUUUGGCUGAGUUUAUUAGGAGUAUGGUGCAGCUUGUGUGUUUUAAAAUCUCUGAAUAAAUCCACUUGUGAAGUGAAUGACUUGUAUUGUAUUGUAUCAAAUGUUUUUAAUACCAUUGGGGCGAGUCUUCUUACUCUUUUUAAUUCCUGUCUUACUUUAGGUUCUGUCCCAGCUGCCUUUAAACAUGCUGUGGUCAGGCCCCUACUUAAGAAGACUAGUCUUGACCCUACAGUGCUGUCCAAUUUUAGACCAGUCUCUCAUCUGCCUUUUCUUUCAAAGGUUUUAGAAAAAAUUGUUUUUAUACAGUUACAAGUUUUUUUACAACUGAACUGUGUUUUUGAAAAGUUUCAAUCUGGUUUUAGAUCACGCCACAGCACUGAGUCUGCACUCUUGAGGGUACAUAAUGAUAUUGCCCUAUCUGUAGAUGCCGGGAAUCCUACUGUUUUAGUCCUUUUGGACCUCACAGCGGCGUUUGAUACAGUGGACCAUGCAGUCCUCCUCUCACGCCUUGAGAAUUGUGUAGGCAUCAAAGGUUUGGCACUUAAAUGGUUCAGCUCCUAUCUGUCAAAUAGGAGUUUUUCUGUUAUGAUUGGUGACCUCUCCUCGUCAGUUGCUCCUCUCUCUUGUGGGGUACCACAGGGAUCCAUCCUUGGCCCUAUUCUGUUUUCUUUAUAUUAACUGCCUUUAGGGGCGAUUAUAGGGAAGCACAACCUGUCAUUUCAUUGCUACGCGGAUGAUUUGCAAAUCUAUUUGCCUAUUAAAGCAAAUGACAGUGUUGCACUAAAUUCCCUGCUAAGCUGCAUCGCUGAUAUUAAGUUGUGGCUUUCAGACAAUUUUCUUAAUUUGAAUGAUAAUAAAACGGAGUGUAUUAUUUUUAGUACUCCAGGCAUGCAGAAUGGCCCAGCUGUGAGUUUGGGAGCUCUGGCAUCUUGCACGAGAUCUAUUGUCAAAAACUUGGGGGUUACUUUUGACUGCAGCAUGAAAUUUGACAAGCAGAUCAGUAACGUUGUUAAAAUGAGCUUUUUCCAGCUUCGCCUGCUGGCUAAAGUUAAACCCUUUCUGAACAGGCAUGACCUAGAAAAGGCCGUUCAUGCUUUUAUCAGUUCAAGGUUGGACUACUGCAAUGCCCUCUAUGUUGGUCUGACUCAGACCUCCAUCUCACGUCUUCAACUUGUUCAAACGCUGCUGCUCGCUUUUU